UAAAUUGGUAAAAAAUUUCUUUUUUUUUCCUCACUUUCAAUAAUUUUGUUAAAACGCGUUCAGUUUUCCUUGACUUUUAGUAAAUUUGUAAUAAAUUCAGUUUUUCCCUGAGUUAUUAAUCUACUUUUUUCUGUGGCGCGUUGAACGAUUGACCGGAAGUCGCGGUAGUACUCGAUCACUGCACAACUGCCUAAUUGUUUUCGGUGAAAGAUUGGUCUGAUUGUCGGGGAGUGGUUAUGUACGCGGAUUAUCUCGAGAGCUUAGCGUGAUGGGUCCGCUAAGCGGUUGUGUCGUGUUGACGAAGAGAGAGAGUGUUGGUCUUUGUCCGGCCAACAAUGCCGCGCGUCUGACAGUGAUGAGCGGAAGUCGACAAUGCGCUGUUUGUUUGGCUAAUUCACUCUGCGAAUGGUCAAUCAAAGACCGGCUUUCUUUUUUCUCGCGCCUUUUCGUCGAUUUACACACUGACAUGAAUUUCUUUUUUCUUGAGAAAAAAAAGCGUUUUUGUACAGCGAAUUGGGGCUGGCACAGUUCGGAGGUUAAUGCUGAUGGUUGUAGCGAUUUCUCGGUGUGGAUAUGUGUUUAUUUGGGCUCGAGUGGUGCCGAUGCUCGGUUAUGAUUAAAUGCUUAUCGCCGAAAUCGCCAUUUUGGGGUGCUUCCAGUUUAUGGUGCGCUCGAUAUUCGCUUCUCUCUGUCAUUCGUUAAUAGUUGAAAAUUCGACUCUCUUCUCGCUUCGAGAAAACCCUUUCCCCGAUUUUUUCUGGAAGGAAAGAACGUUCCGUUUUCGUGUGCUGUUUGGAUAACAGUGAGCUGUUGCUGCCAAUUUUUUUGACGAAGGAGAACGCGCUAUCGCCCCGUUAAGCGUUGCGUCGGGAUUAUUUUUUCCGGGGGAAUUAUUUUUCCGAGAAAAAUGACGGCGAGUGUGGCGCAUUUGUGGCGGAACUGCUGCGGCGUACCCACUCCUUCCCCGCAGCAGCGGAUUGAUCGGUCAAUGAUCGGGCUGCCGACGGACUUUCGGCAUGUGGGCCACAUCGGCUCCACCGACAUGGGAGCGACAACGAGCAGCACGUCGCUGCUGGCGGUGCAGAGCCAGAUGCGCUCCAAGGGCGGCUACGAGGAGGCCCUGCCCGUCAACUACGUGCUGCGGGUGCGCGAUCUUAACCAGUCCCAGGAUAAACCCGUCCCGCCGCCGCGCACCCAGUGACGUGGGAUUAUUCGGGAGAAAUGUGUGAUUUGGAUGAUACAUAUAAGAGAGAGCCUCCGUUUUUAUCAGAUUUAUCACUCGCCCACCGGAAAUAGCGGUUUUCUCAGGCGCCGGACCAUUGGACAAUUAGGGAGCAUUUUUUGGACGGAUUUUGAAUUUAUUUUCCGCGCAUUUUUUAUCCGCUUCACUGUAUACGCUGCGCGAAUUUUUGUUGAUACGAUGGGUGCACUUUUUGUUUUUUUUGCGUUGCGCGUGUGACGGAAUCAUUUUUUUUCCUGGUUUUUCCGGUUUUACGCUGUCUUCUUGUAUAUAUGUCCGCCUGGCCGGGUUUCCGGUCGUUUUUCGUGUGAAAAUGAAAUGGGAAAAAUAUUCGAUUUUGAGAA